UGUCAAGUUUAUUCUUCAGUGUGUAGAGGUUACACACACUUAUUGUAUGGGUUUAAAAAUUUUAUAAUUUAUUUAUGACUGCAGUUAUGAUUUGGCAUGCGUUGUAACAUCAUAUAAAAUGUCAAGAAAUAGCAACAUAAUUGAUCAGGAUCACUAUCAAGUUCUGGGCUGUACUUCAGAAUCAUCAUUUGAAGAACUCAAAGAAGCUUAUCGACGCAAAGUUUUGGAAUCUCACCCAGACAAAAGUUCAAAUGCCAAGGAAACAGUUGGCACGUUUCGUGAAGUUAAGACAGCUUGGGAGACGUUAAAAGAUCCAGAAUUAAGAAAAAAAUACGAUCUCAAAUACAGAGAGGCUUGUUUAGAGGCUGAAACUGCGCUUGUUCAUGCCAGACUUACACCCCUUGAAUUAGAAGAAACUGAGGAGCAAGAUAUUUUAUCAUAUCCAUGCCGAUGUGGAAAUAGUUAUUUAGUGCACAAAACUGAAUUAGAAGAAAUAAACUGUAUAGUGCAUGUACCUUGUCAAGAUUGUACAUUUGUUAUAGCUAUUGAAACGUAA